AUGUCCAAAAGUUUUAACGCAUUGGUUGUUGAGGCUGGUGGCUUUGAGAAACUUCCAUUUAUUGAAAAAGAUGCAAGGAAUUAUAUUGAUAAGGCUCGACACCUUAGACUUGGCAAAGGAGGUGCUGAUGCACUUCGUGGUUAUUUUGAGAGGAUGCAGUAUAAGAAUGAUGGAUAUGGCAUGCCAUUUGCCCCGUUUGUGGGUGUGAACCACCAUGGACAGUCAAUACUUUUGGGAGCAGGCUUGAUAUCAAGUGAAAAUACUGAAACAUUUGUCUGGUUGUUUGACACUUGGUUGAAGUGUAUGGAUGGGAGAGCACCAAAAGCUAUCAUCACUGAUCAAGACAGAGCCAUGAAAAAUGCUAUUGCAAUAACUUUUCCAAAUACCCGGCAUAGAUACUGUUUGUGGCACACAAUGAGAAAACUGCCAGAGAAGUUGGGCUCACAUGCUGAAUUUAAGUGUGGUUUGAAAAGUGCAUUGCAGCGAUGUGUGUAUGAUUCUCUGACUUCUGACGAGUUUGAGAAGUCUUAUGAGGUGUUUAUUGACACUUACAAAUUGCAUGAAAAUGUCUGGCUUCAGAGUCUCUAUAGUGAGCGCACGUAUUGGGUUCCGGUAUACCUGAAAAAUACAUUUUGGGCUGGGAUGAGCACAACUCAGAUGAGUGAGAGCAUGAAUGCCUUUUUUGAUGGAUAUGUACAUUUAGGAACUACAUUUAAAGAAUUCGUAGAUCAAUUCGACAAUGCACUGAGGAAGAAAGUAGAGAAUGAGAUGACAGCGGAUUUCUAUUCAUUUAAUUUUAAUGACCAAAAAGAAGUUGAAAAUGGCAUCAAGAAGUCAACUUUGCAGGCAUACUUCAAUGAAGAAGAGUGUGAGGCAAAGUGCAUGUGUGGACUAUUUGAGAUGAGAGGAAUUAUAUAUAGGCACAUUCUUUCUAUUUUUGCCGCAAGAGAUGUCCAAGAGUUGCCAGAAAAAUACAUUAUGGAGAGCAGUUACGAUGACUUGAGUGGUAAACCAGCUGCUAGUCGGUACUCUGGUUUGAUAAAAUUAUGUUACGAAGUAGCUACAAAUGCAUGUGAAAGCGAAGAUAAUUCCCUGGACAUGACAGAUAAGCUAAAGGCAAUGAAUUCAAUUUACAACAAAUCAAAGCCCCAGGCCACAGUUGCAAGCACUCAUACUUCCAUUUAUGCUGAAACUGGUAGUUCGAAAAAGGUGUUGAGUCCUCAUGUUGUCAGAGGCAAAGGGAGGCCCCCAUCAAAGAGGAGACAACCUACAAUAGAGAAGCUGCAAACCAAAAACAAAAAGGCUGGUAGCAAGCGACAAAGAAAAAGUGCAACAUCACAUACGAAAGAUGUCUUAAACCCCACAGAUGAGGUAAUACUGCAUGGCACACCACAAGGUGUUUCGCAAAUACCUGCUACACAACAAAGUGUUAUUUCUCAGGAUCGUAAUGUUCAUGAGAUAACAAAUAGAAAAGUUUUAACAUGA